GUCAUGCGUCAUGACGUAGAGGAUGUGAGACAACACAUUAUGAGUGGCUGGAGUUGCCGUCCGAUUGCUUUGUAAAAGUGGUGCUUUGAAGAUAAUCCACUUUUCAUCACUCCUUAUAUACCCACGACGUGGUAGGUGACGGAAAUUUUCGGACAAGACUUCGUUCAAUCUCGCUUCUGCUUCGAGUCGUUUGGGUGCACGUUGAAACUUCGAGGCCUGCUAAGGUUAGCUUAGGCUAGUUUAGCCGCUAACAAAGAGAGCAAACUGCGCGCCUGGAAGCAACAGCCGAGCCGAGCAACCAAAAAUCAAGUCCCAAAAUGUCAGAUGUCAGUCAAGCACAUCGUCCUGAACGCCAGGAGUCUGCUCACGUGAAAGAAGAGGAGGAGGAAGAGUUGAUAUACAUCAAGAAGGUGGAGGAAGAAUUCAUCCACAUUAAAGAGGAGCAGGAGGAGUAUUUCAUUAAAGUGGAGGACCCCCACAUUGAGGAGAAGCAGCAACUCCAUCCCCUUAAAAUGGAGGAGGAGGACCCUCCGUAUGUUAAAGUGGAGGUGGUGGACAUCCCCAGGUGGACUGGUAAGCCCUUGAAGGUAGAAGAUGGAGGUCCGAGUGAGGCCAGCAGAGGGGUGGAGCCUCUGAGUGCCAGCAGCAGUUCAAAAGAAGGUUUCCAAGCAGACAAGCUGGUCGCUCGACCAUCAGAUAGUGACGACUUCACAUCACACUCGCUGUUCUGUUUCAGAACAUAUCUUGGUCCUGAGCGGCAGGAGUCAGAGUGUCCUGGCAUUAAAGAGGAAGUUGAGCACCCGCAUAUGAAACAGGAAGAGCAAGAGCACCCUCAACAGCAAAAGAGAGAAGUGCAACUUACAAUCAAAAAGGAGGAGGUAAAGCUGCCAUACGUUAAAGAGGAGGACGAUAUAACUAGGCCAACUGGUGAGCCUUUGAAGAGUGAAGAGAGCCUGAGUGAGACCAGCAGAGGAGCGGGGCCUCCAAGUGGCAACAGCAGCAGCUUAACAGAAGGAUUGCAAGCGGACAGUUUCACCGCCCCACUAUCAGAUAGCGAAGACGCCAUGUCACACUCGCCUGACAGUGAUGAUGGUCUUAAGAAAGCCGAUGGUGACGACAAAUGUAAAUGCUCUCAGUGUGGGGAAACCUUUUUAAAUAAGUAUACUUGUCGUAUGCAUAUGAGAAGCCACAUUGAAGAAAAACCUUUUUCCUGCUCAGUUUGUGGUCGAAGAUUCAGUUGCAAGACCAACUUAAAAUUGCACACAAGAACCCACACUGGAGAAAAACCUUUUUCCUGCUCAGUUUGUGGUCAAAGAUUCGUUCAAAAGCCACACUUGAAAAUGCACACAAGAACCCACACUGGAGAAAAACCUUUUUCCUGCUCAGUGUGUACUCAAAGAUUCAGUCACAAGAACUCCUUGGAAAUACACACAAGAACCCACACUGGAGAAAAACCUUUUUCCUGCUCAAUUUGUGGCCAAAGAUUCGCUGCAAAGGACUACUUAACAAAACACUCAAGAACCCACACUGGAAAAAAACCUUUUUCCUGCUUAGUUUGUGGUCAAGAAUUCACUCAGAAGAGGUCCUUAAAAAUACACACAAGAACCCACACUGGCGAAAAACCUUUUUCCUGCUCAAUUUGUGGCCAAAGGUUCACUGAGAAACGUAGGUUAACAAAACACACACGGAUCCACACUGUAGACGGACCUUUUCAUUGCUCAGUUUGUGGCCAAAGAUUCUCUCUAAAGGGAAACCUAACAAGACACAGAAGAACCCACACUGGAGAAUAACUUUUUCCUGCUCAAAUUGUGGUUAGAUUCUCUCUAAGGGAAACCUUCAUACAACACAUAAAAACCCACACCAGUGAAAAACCUUUUUUAGUAUUCAGUUUGUGGCCAACGAUUCAAUCAAAAGGAUCAGUUGAAGAGACGCGUGAGAAGCGGUGGCCAACGACGGUUUUGCCUGUCAUCCAUGAUGGCUUCAUCAGUUUGUGCGUGUAAGACGAUAGUAUUCUGUGGACAUUCCUUAAAUCAUCUUGAGGAUUUGCAGUUUUGGUACUAUAUGUGUGCUUUGGUGGUUCCUUUUGUGAAUUGUAUUCAAAUUAUUGUCAAAAGAACUAGCUCACCUGAUUUAAAAUGAAUAUAAACUAAGAUUAAGUUAAGUAGCAUGAUCCUGGGCCAAGGUGAUCUGGCAAAAAAGUUUUCCUCAUAUUGUUUGUUCUUGAUUUUUUUUCCACAAUCUUGUUUUCCUGUUUUUUUAUGAACUGUUAGUGCUAAUUUUUAAGAAUCUGCAUUAAAAGGAUUGUUCACCAAAUCCGCACUUUCGGGGCCACUUUUCCCAUCGUGUCCCUCUGUUAGAGGAGAGAAACUGAAGUGGGACAGAACUGUCACAUGAGACUGUAAAACCAGCAGGCAUGAAAAUCUCUCACCUUUCGGCGAAAUUCGCCGUUUUGAAGUCAAAAAGGAUGACCUACGUGAAUCGUGUAGAUCCGAGGAGAAAAAUUUUAGGGGGGGGGGGUCGUUUGUAGGCAUGUGCCAGUUACCUUCACGGAUUACCAUACUAUGAAAACGUCGCGGUUACAAAACCACUAAAAUUUUCCGUCAUACAGUAGUACGUAUUCGUUAUUUUUCAUGUGUCGAAAAUGCAGCCAGAAUUGGCUUGGCGCGGCAGCGCUUACCCCUUCCCCUGUUUAAUGCUGCGUGUGUCAGUGACGCUAUUCCAGCAAACCCAAAAACAAGCACUCCAAACGCAAGGCGUAAAUUCUUCAAUUUAUUGAUCUCUCAAAUCGUGGUAACUGAAAUAUACCAAAUGAAUAAAUUUAAAACGUUGUACACUCGUAUUUUUCCACAUGUGAGUAGCUUCAACAGUUUAGCUUCAUGAAAAAGUUCGUCAAAAACAAAACACACAUUUUCCUUUCAAAUUCAAUACACAAAGUUAGUAAAAACUUACAAAGACGAAUGAUAGGCAAGGCUUAGCUAGGACAGCAACUUCAUUGAGGUUAAUCACAGCCGCUGAGAGAGAAACAAGUUUGUAUGCGGGGAGGAAAAAAAAAAAAGAGCGUCAAAGAUCGCUAAUUGCGACAGAUGAUCUUGUACUAAGCACAAAUUCACAUUCGCUGGAGGAGGUAAAGUAUCACUCCCAAUUGUUUUUAGAUGAAUGCAUUUGCCAGCAUAUUGAAUUUAGUGAGUAAUGGUUUUCGUUUUCAUAUUUUGUGGUAUGACAAAGUUACUGCCGUUCGUUGCAGCUUGGGUUGAACACUGCCGGAGCGUCCGGUGAAAAAAUAGCUCCCAUUAAGGUAGCGUCAAGCUUGUGUAUUUAACGGUAAUAUAAAAGCAGUGUUGUCAAUAACGCGGUAUCGUAAUGCGUAACUAAUCUAAUUACUUUCUUUCAGUAAAGAACAAUCUAACGCGUUCAUUUUUCUAAAUCAGUAAUCUGAGUAAAAUUACUUUUCUUGAUGCCUGUGCGUUACUAUUACUACAUAAUGUGAGUAGAAUGAAGAAUACUGUAGUCAUGGGAGUGACAUCACAUGUCACAUUUUUUAAUCGGGGACGGAACAAAAAGGGUCACGUGUAUUACCAUGAUGCGUGAGCGCUGGGAGUUUGCGGCCAAAACAACAUAGCCUUGCUACCUCGCCAGGAUGCAAUGAAAUAGGCAGGAGAUAUACUACAAACGGCUGCAUUUGCACACUGGAAACACAGCCAUUACUUCACAUUUUUGUCCAGUAAAGAUAACAAAAAUAUCUCCGUGCGCUGCGAACUUUGCGCUGGCUCAAAAAGACUGUCGACCGCUAUAAGCAUCCAAUUCAAGCACCACUUGGAAUUACAGCACAACAGGUAACACGACAGCCAGGACUUUUUGAUACUGCUCGUUAGGCCUGAACGAUAUAUCGUUUAAACAUCGCCAUCGCGAUGUGCACAAGUGCAAUAGUCCCAUCGCAAGGACGUGCGAUAGUUUUAUUUUUUUUAAUCCACAAAUGUAUGUUGCUCCAUGCUUUCUCUGUCCUGAGCUGAUCGCUUUAGUGACACUCACACAACCUCCCUCUCCCCCUCCCUUCCUCUCCUAGGUCUCUGUUCCUCUGCGCACUUGCUUAUUAAAGUUAACGAUGGUUGUGUUUGAUCUUGCCACAGAGGCGAACUUCAAUCACACCGCAUCUUUCAGUCGUCGUUUAACUUGUUAAGCACGUGUUGCAUGAAGGAAGCGUGCGCUGGAAUGAAUGUGUGUGCGUGGAAACGUUGGGGACAGCCGGUGUUCUGACGAAUGGGUAUGCUUGGUACACCUGUUGUGUUGUGUCCUGGAAAUAAACACUAGAAGUGAUUCUGCAGCCAAGGUAGAUAAACAGAAGCAUUAAAUAAAGCAAAGCAUUUUUCUACUACAGUACAUUAUUCUUGUUUAAAAAUCAUUCGAUGAUCUGCACGUGGUACAUGAUUGGAAAGCUUAAAAUCUCAACUUUCUGGGGGAAGAAAAAUUUUUAACAGGAGGACAUUUAAAAAAAAAAAAAAAAAUGUUUUUUAAACAGCAAAACCCUAGCUGGAGGUGAGAGCAUGCGAGAGCAGAAUUACAGACACCAUGACUUUAACAAGAUAUUAUCGCGUACUUAUCUUGUUUCGAUCCAAAAACUCCAUGUCGCAUGUAUCACUGAGUGUCAAGACACAGCUGUGACUGGCCGCAGCUGGAUUAUUUCAUUUUAUUUUAUGGGUGAAACAUGGUACUAUAACAGGGGUCGCAAUGCAGAAAUCGCAGACAUCAAGGAGUGGUCGAGAUUUUCUUUUUCAUAUAUUUACCCUUUUAAACGUUUUUUUCCCCCCCAACUUUUCUUUUUUUUUUCGGAUAAGGUAUUUAUCAUCUAACAUAGCAGGGAAAAUGCGACAGUAACAAAAAAAUACAAUUUAGCGAAAGUUAUGAGGUAGAUAUCCGUGACUUUUUUACAGACGCCAUAUUUUUCAUUGUGACGUAAUUUGUUUAAAAAUUUAAAAUAUGCAAGUGAAUCAUUUUUUAAAGUUGGCCAUAUACAUUUUUAAAGCAUAUUUUAGGGGGAACAUUUUGAAAAAAACAUGUCUAAUAUAUGUGUUGAGAUAAUUAUCGGGGUUUGAUUUAUUAAAUGUUUGCUUGAUUGGUUGAUUGAAUAUUUGCUUUUGCUCAUAUAUACCAUAAAUAAUACAUACUGCCAUAUUCUUCUUACUUCUAGAUAUGCUUAUGCUCAUAUAUACCAUAAAUAAUACAUAUUGAUAACCAGUAAAUGAUUAUUGCUUGCUAUACCAGAUUGUAGUAUAAUGCUUAAGUGUUACAAAGUAUAGAAAGAGGGUCGGAGUGGCUUCAUGGCCGCGCCGUUGCGUAACUGGACCUUCCAGACAACCCCAGCACUUGGGGUUUGGACUUUCGCCUAGCCCUUCGAGGACGAUUUUCCAUCCGAGGACAUCUUCCAGGGCCACAGCGGUGCACAACUGGAAGUGUUUGGACUAUUCUGCUGAUUGUUUAACGUUGCAUAACUAAAAGUGUCUGCAUUAUUUUGACUGCUUAUAUAUUAUUUUGACUGUUUAUAUGAUUGUUUUGAUUGUUUACAUAAGCUCUUGCUCCACACACGUGUAUCACUUAAAUUCCACCUACAUGCACACACAUAGCCAAUAAAAAACCACAUGGGUGUCGCUAGCUUGCUUUCCCCUCCCUCAGUGCAACGCCCAUUUUGUUCAGGGAAAACCCCUAAAUAAAAUACCAA